AGCACCGCCAUCUACAUAAAUUUUGAAACAACGGUGGCUUCAGAACAUAUAUCUCAAAUGCUAAUACAAUUUCCUGUAGAUCGUUUCUGCUAGAAAUUUUGAGCUUGUUUUCUAAAUAACUGUACUCUGCUAGGCAUUGGAUGAUGAUUCUAACACUUGUGUUGCAUUACUAUUGGAAACAUUUAUUUCAUAAUUGUAAAAUAGAGGAAUAAAGAUACCGAUUUUCGAGUAAAGUAGUUUUUCUAUAGUGUAACAAUGAUAAAAACUACAAAUUUAGGUAACAGACUAAAUUGUUUAAAAUCACAUUAACUAAAUCAGUUAGUGGAACUCCCUUUCUUGACACUGGUGUUUUCGGAACUGUUACAAUGUAGCAUAAGUGUAUAGCAAGUAGCAUCUGUGAAUAGAACAUCUGUGAACCCUCAACCCACCAUCAAACUUAUCAAUACCCCUACAAAGUACUCUACUCUACCCGUGUCGUCGACUAUCAAGAGCUAAGUUUGCCAAAAAAAAAAAUAGUCACUAUAUUGUGAGGAUCGAAACGUGCAUGCUCCAUUAGGAAAGAUCGUCCAUAUUCCACUAUGAAUGUUUUAGAUACAUCUCGCAAGCACAUUACAAUCACCGCAAAAUCACCUUGACUAAUUGCAAUUAGCGAUCGUAUGUUAUACAGUUGGUUUAUGUUGUUCUCUUCGUCCUUACUCUUUCUCUCAACACAAACACAUGUUAGUACAUAAUUGCAACCCAAUCUGGGCGUUGGCUCCCAGAACACCUAACCAGUAGUCAUCAUCUAGUAAAAUCGUAGCUAACCACAAACUAUUCGCACUAUUCUUUCUACCAUCCAUAUUGUACCGUAGUCCAUCCUCCAAAUUGCCGAAGACGAAACCUACGACAGUCUGCGGUUGAUCAACGUCGAGCUGAAUCGUAUCUUUGGCCGGCCGGAUUCCAUGUUCCUUCGGACCACCCCGAAAGAGUUCCUAUUCGACGGAGUGUCAUUUUGCGUGAAUGUUAUCGGCAUAGCGAAGGCGAUUUGCAAAGAAAUUGAAAAGCGCAAUACCAAAACCAUCCGGGUGAUGCCCGACGGAUCCAUGAAGUUCUCGUUCUUCCAUCAUAAAAACAUGACCGAUGAUGGUGUCUUUACGAUCAAUACCGGCACCAAAGACGCUCUGCAAACUCAUAUGAUUGAUUCCUGGAACGGACAUACCACACUGGACCGGUGGAGCAAUCGCUCGCUGGGAUCAUCUGCUGUCUGCAAUAAAAUCUUUGGAACGGACGGUUCGGGCUAUCCUCCGUUCCGAAACGGGGUUCAGAAAAUGACCAUCUUUAGUACCGAUAUCUGUAGAACUGUGGAUAUCAAGUACGUGGAACCAUCCAGUUACGAGGGCAUACCGGCGCUUCGGUACGAAACGGAUGCCAACUUUCUGAACGAAAUCGGUCCCGAGUUCAGCAACGACUGCUACUGUGUCAAUCGAAUACCGAAGGCGAUCGUUAGGAGCAACGGGUGUCUGUACAAAGGUGCCCUGGAUUUGUCAACGUGUUUCGACGCUCCGGUGGUAAUGACACUUCCCCACAUGAUGGGCGCAGCCGAUGAAUACGCGGGACUGAUUGAAGGAUUACAUCCCGAUCCAGACAAGCAUCAGAUCUUCGUCGAUGUAGAACCGCUAACCGGAACCCCGCUGAACGGUGGCAAACGGGUUCAGUUCAACAUGUUCCUGCGGAGGAUCGACUCGAUUCGAUUAACGGAUCGGCUUCAAACUACCCUGUUCCCGGUGCUCUGGAUCGACGAAGGUAUUGCACUGAACGAUGACAUGGUCAAACUGCUCGACGAUAGUCUGAUGAAGGUGUUGACUCUGUUGGAUAUUGUCCAGUGGAGUAUGAUUGUCAUUGGACUGGUGCUGGCGAUUGUCAUGCCGAUCGUCUACUUUGUCAAACGGAAGCCCUCAUCGCCGUCCGUCACGCCGAGCCUUACAACGACAACCAGUGCGGCCAGCAUUCCUGAACACGGCGGGAUUGGUGGGAAUCCACAGAAAUGACGACAGUCGGUCAUUAUGACUGAUUUGACUGACUACGGAUUGAAUGGAAGGGUGUGGAAUUGAAAUGGUGUGAGUGUGAACGAGAGAGAGAGAGAGAGAGAGAGAGAGAGAGAGAGAGAGAGAGAGAGAGAGAGAGAGAGAGAGAGAGAGAGAGAGAGAGAGAGAGAGAGAGAUUCAAGUGCCAAUGCUUUGUAGGAAACGCAGAGUAGCUACUACAGCUGUUGCAAAUUCACUUUUGUGCAUUUUAGUGCAAACUAAGUCAAACCGAUUCCGUCCGAAACGAAUUGAAUCUAAAUGUUUUUGUUUUACUUUCGAAACUGCAACACAGUAAAAUAGCUAAUUUUAUGUGAUUAUUUGUAAAUCAGUAAAAAUGUGUUAAAGUUUAAUUACA